AUGGCGACGAUCUGUACCUACAAUGUACGCAAACUAGCAUGCGAGUCUUCGAUAGAAGAGUUGAUCAUGCGAGCAAUAAAAGUAAGGUACGACGUCUUCGGCCUGGCUGAGACGAGACGACGCCACCCAUUCAAUGUCGUCUAUGACACCGGAAAAGAACCGUUCCUCGGAACAUGCGACAGUAGACGAGUCAGCGGCGUCGGCAUUCUCGUCAAUGCGAGUUUGUCCAUAAACAUCGAUUCAUUCGAACAGCUUACAACCCAAAUCGGACGGUUACAAUUGAAAAGAUGUGGAUCAAUCUCUGCUUUGACAAUCUUCGUCGUUUACGCGCCGACAUCAAACUAUGACGAAGAAGAAGUCGAAGCGUUCUAUAUGGACUUGUAG